GGACAGAAAAUGAAGGAGAUCAGUGAGGACCCAGAUUACUGUCUAAUGCACCAACUGGGGCAAAGGGAUCAUCACAAGGGAAGUAAUACCAUUACAGUUAAGAAAUUAUGAUGGCUUAGGUGCUAAGGAUGGGGAGGAAUCUACCUGAUUGCAAAGUUGACAAAUGAAUACACAUUCCAAAAUAAAUAUGGACGGCGGUGUGAACUGCUUUGCUCUCAACUUUCCCAAGGGGGGACCAGAGCAAUAAGUAUAGAGGGCAGAGAUCCCAUUCCAGCUUUCAAGGACCACGAGGUUGGUCUCUAACAAUCAGUCCAGCAACAGUAAAAAAAAAUUUCUUGAUUACCAAAAGGAAAAUGUAACUCCUUGACCCCAUCAAGGACCCUUGAACAGAUCUCCAUAGAAGAGCAUUUAAUAAGAGCCAUAAGUUCUAAAUCAAGUCUCAAAAUAUCAAACAAGCACCCUUUUGUGCAUUAAAUCCAGCUAUGAAAUUUGUAUUAGUGUGUUUAUCCCUUGGCCUGUUCCAGACAACUCUAAAGAGAGCUUUCCUUUUACUAUGAACUCAAACAUGAAAAAUAAUGAUGGUUCCAAAGGGAUCUUUGGUGGAAGAAAUGGCUGCGAAAAGCUGCUGCCUUUGCUAGAAGUAAUCCAACAUCAAUGCCCGCCAUCACAUACAGCUUCAGUUUUUUGGAUAUACAAUGGAUAAUAGCAGCAUGUGGACUCUGUCAUUAACAUUAACCUUCUCAAUCAAGAGCGUAAAAUAUCAGCUGGAAAGAUCUGCCUGCAAAGACUAGCUUGAAUGAUUGUUUUUAUGAAGACUAGAAAAUUGGAGCCUUUGGCUAAUAUCAGAUACAAUUGGUGCACUCAUAACAUAUAAAUGGAAGAAUUCAAGGCUCAAUCAUGAACGCUCAGACCACCGUAGAUCCUGAGAUCUUUUUUCUUAAUUAUGCUGUCAGAGGGAGGGCCACUUAAGAAAACCUUGUGAUGGCAGGAAAUGGUAAAGUAGAUUGUGAUGUACUCACCCAACUAACCGAUUCAGUUGCAGUAUAUAUGUAUAAACAAAAAAUUCAGCCCCAGUUUUCUUGGCUAUUUACUUCUUGAAACAUGGAAAGACUAGAUGGUUUCAAGAUUUGCCACUGGAAGCUAUACCCAGACCCACUAACACCAAAAUAAGACUAUGAACAACAGCACCAAAUAAUGCUUCCUUAUAUUCUUUCCCUCUUGGCUUUCGUUAUUAUUGCUGCACGUUUGAAAAGCUUAAAAUCCAUUCCUCAAAAAGACUUCUUUACAAGUUCAUUGCACCCACCUGAACACCAGAACAAAGCCUGGCAACUGUAUCUUCAUAAUAGUUCAAAACACAAACCAUAGAUUUGCAUGAACUUUCAGAAAUAGCACACUUGAAUUUCAGGCUCAGAAGCAUCCAGUUGAAGAGGCUUCCAGUUUUGGUGUAACAAUUCCUUGGGUAUUCCAAGUUCAACUGUUGUGCAUGUGAGCAUGCAUGGGGUCCAAGGCCAAUUUCUGGCAUCUGAAACGGCCGGGCUGAGGUGGUUGGCAUAGUCAUGUUCCUAGGCAAUAGGCAUGGGCAAAACAGGUUUCAGACAGACAAAGAACUGCACAGUCAGAACGUGGGAAUUGACAUGGUCGUGAUAUCACUUUCCUUUAAUAAUGAUUUUUCCACGAUUAAGAUCCAAGUAUUUGUUUCUCAUCUAGCCUCAUGAUUCACAGAAUCACAGUUCUGGAUGGACAUUGGGCACAAGGGCUCCUCCAUUUCCCACGUGGAAACCUCCUCCAAUCAGUGUCACUUUUAGAGAGAGACAGAGAAUACAAGGUUAUGUUUAUAGAAUUAACACAAAGCUCUAUAGAAGAAUUCAUAGUGAUAACAAAGAUGUGCUAAAUAAUCCCAUUCUUCCAUUACAAUCAUUAAGCAUGGUCAAACAGCAAGUUGUUAGCGAUGUAUAAACCACAUUUAUCCUCCAUUAAAUAGAAAACCACCAGAAAAAGAGACUUCACGGCUGAAACUCACACAUCCUUUGCUAGUUUUUCUUUAUUUAUUUAUUUAUUUAUAUUUAAAAUAAUAUUUUAGAAGCAAUUGGUUGGUUGUUCUGGGGUGUUUUAAGAGCCAGAAACCUCCUCAAGUGUCAAAUAUAACCAUUCUUUUUUUUACUUUGAGUAAAUAAAUAAAUCCAACAAACAUCAAUGUGUAUUCUCUCAACAUCUGUAGCCCAGAGGAACUGAUUCAGGAUUAAAUAAGCUUACUCUAUCUCAAUGUGCUAACCUCUGCUUAUUGCAAUCCUUCCACACACCAUUUAUAUUCAUGGAGCUACCACCCCCACCUCCCCAGAAAAUAUUGACCUCAAAUCAAAGCCAUUACCAUCCAACUGAAUGAUCAACCACCACUUCAAGGACCUAGAAACCACACAGUUUGCAGUUUCUUGUGUUUAUUAUGAUGAACCAAAAGUUAAAACUAUAUAUUCUUUUUCUAUUUUCAUCCAAUCACUUCCUUAUGAUCUAUUCUUAUGAUAGCGCCCAACUUAUAAGAUACAGAGAUUACCUUUCCACAACCCUGCUAUAUAUAAAUGCCACCUCACCUCCCUCACUAAUGCAAACCUUAAGCAUUUGAAAGCACAUGAUCACAAGGAUGCUCUCCUGUAUGGAAUCCUGCUUGAAACAGUUCUCCAAUGAUGAAUCUCAAACGGAAAGAGGAAGCUAUAGCUCCACUGAUCUACUGCCAUCCCUGGGAGAAACAAUCAAUAAAUCCGUUCAGCUUCGGAAGUAUAUUGUUUCACCAUAUGAUCCUCGUUACAGAGCUUGGGAAAUGUUCUUGAUACUCCUGGUUGUUUACUCAGCUUGGGUCUGCCCAUUUGAAUUUGCAUUUCUCAAAUACAUGCCCAAUGCAUUAUUUCUGGUGGAUAAUAUUAUUGAUGGCUUCUUUGCAAUUGAUAUUGUUCUCACAUUCUUUGUGGCUUAUCUUGACCACAAGUCUUAUCUUCUAGUUGAUAAUCCAAAGAGAAUUGCAGCCAGGUACUUAUCCACAUGGUUCCUAUUUGACAUAUGUUCAACAGUGCCAUUUCAACCAAUAAGCCUAUUGUUUGGUAAUAAUGGCAAUGGCAUUGGUUUCAAACUCCUCAACAUGCUUCGUCUCUGGCGCCUCUGCAGGGUUGGCAAACUAUUUGCCAGUUUGGAAAAGGAUAUUCGCUUCAACUAUUUCUGGGCACGGUGCACGAAACUUGUCCUGGUAACCCUCUUUACAGUUCAUUGUGCGGGAUGCUUUAACUAUCUGAUUGCCGACAGACACCCUGAUCCAAAGAGAACCUGGAUCGGUGCUGUGAUGCCAGACUUCAGGGAAGAAAGUUUGUGGAACAGAUAUGUAACAGCAAUGUACUGGUCCAUUACAACACUAACAACAACUGGUUAUGGCGAUUUACAUGCUGAGAACACAAGAGAAAUGCUAUUUGAUAUUUCUUAUAUGUUGUUCAAUUUGGGACUGACAGCUUACCUCAUUGGGAACAUGACAAACCUUGUUGUCCAUGGAACAAGUCGGACAAGAAAAUUUAGAGAAAGAAUCCAGGAUGCCUCUGAGUUUGCUGCACGAAAUCAGUUGCCCAGGCUCAUUGAGGAUCAAAUGCUAUCCCAUUUAUGCCUAAGCUUUAAAACAGAGGAAUUAAAACAGCAAGAGACACUGAAUGAUCUUCCAAAGGGCAUACGUUCAAGCAUCACUCACUACCUCUUCUUUCCGGUUGUUGAAAAAGCGUACCUUUUCCAUGGAGUUUCCUUCAAUUUCAUUUUUCAACUGAGUAAACAGGUUACAGAAAUGCAGGCUGAGUAUUACCCACCGAAGGAGGAUGUAGUAUGCCAGAAUGAGGCUCCAGCAGAUCUUUAUAUAGUGGUAACAGGAGCAGUGCAUAUGAUAGCAUGUAUAGAUGGAAGAGAACACGUUUAUGGAAGGGCAGGAUCCGGGGAAGUGUUUGGUGAGAUAGGAGUUCUAUGUCGCAGGCCACAACCUUUCACUUUUAGAACCACCGAACUAUCUCAGAUUUUAAGCCUCAACAGAGAUGUUCUAACAAACAUAAUUCGAGAAAACAAGGAAGACGGAGCUAUUCUUAUGAAUAACUUUCUCCAGAAGCUAAGGCUUCAUGGAAGUUCUAUUCCCGGAGUGCAACAUAAUGAUUCAGGAUUAGAUCUUGAAGUUUGGCUUAAGGGAAAUGAGAGUCUUCCGACAAGUUGCGAGGACUACCAUUUGCUUCAGAAGCAGGCAACGCAUCCAAUAAAUGAAGGAACCCUACCAAAUGAGAUAGUUGAAUACCAUGACCACAACACCGUGAAUGAGUUUUUGAGCUUUGAGCUUGAGACUAAUUCAACAUAUACAAGCGGACAUAGAGUUAUUCAUCCAAAUGCCAAUGAGCAUUUAUACAAGAAAGAAGGAAAUCAAUGCAUCUGUGAACUCAUGUCAAGUCAGGAGAACAGAAUGGGAUUACAAAAGGAUCAUCUAGCAGAGUACAUUGGAAUGAGUGCGAUGAUUAAUGAAAGGAAUUCUCAAAUGCUAGACUGUAGAGAAUGUUGGCAACUGUCCAAGCACCAAAAAUUUCCGGAGAAAAUGCCAAUUUCAAUACCGGGUCAAAAGAAGGGAAACUAUACAGUUCAGGGCAAUCCCAUGAAAAGGGCUCAGAAGAGAGUCACUAUACACAUCCACUCUGCAAGGGCAAACAAGAGAGAACAUUUUGGAAAGGUGAUAAACCUGCCUUGCUCACUGGAAGAACUUUUCAUUAUUGGGGGUCAGAAGUUUCGAGGUCACCAUCCUACCAAAGUAGUCAACCAAGAGAAUGCAGAAAUAGAUGACAUUAGCGUAGUUAGAGAUGAUGACCACCUGUUCCUCCUUGAGCUUUAAGGGAUGUUUCUCAAAAGUUCAAGAAUGUGCAUAGUGUAAAAUUCUGUUAUACUCGUCUAUCAUUAAUAAGUGGCUGAAGCAUGACUAUACAAGAGCAUGUAUGUACGCAAAGCGUCUAAUGGUUACAGCAAGAAUCCAGUCUA